GCGAGGUCAUGCGGUUUUGUGUUUCUGUUUGGGCCUCAUGCAAUUUUUGACACUGACAGCGCUCGUAUUGGACUACACCAGUCACCACUCCUACUAGCCAAAGUGAAUGCGACGAGAUAAUGUUGAGCCACUGGCUGUAAGCGGCCGGUGACUUGUGUGUACUGGAAGUGAAUUUGGGGGAAGCUGAUACCGUAUUCGGUUUCCCCCGGUUCGAGGAAAUGGAGAUUACGGCGGAGGCUGAAGACGAGGAACGCAGGAGGGAACACUGGAAGCUGCUCUCCAGUCUGAAGACCACGGUGGAGGGCCUGGUGUCCACCAACAACCCUAAUGUGUGGUCUCGCUACGGGGGUCUACAGCGGCUGCACAAGGACAUGAACCACAUCCUCAGCCACGGCCUCAAGCACGAGCAGGUGUACUACAAGCAGAAAGACUACUGGCCCUUUGUGUGUUGUGUCCGCUACAUCAGCCCUCACCUGGCCUCGCAUGUAGAACAGUUCAGUAAGCUGGAGCCCGUGCUAAACAGGGGUAUACAGAGUGUUGGGGAAGGCUACAAGGCAGAGCGCUGGCUAUUGCACAGCCUUCAGGUCCACCUGCUCUCCGCCCAGCUCAGACCCCUGCUCAAACACCAGGGACACACCCGCAAGUACUACAACGUUGCUCGCUCUGUCUCACGCCUCUCCCCCUUCCCUUCUCUCUCUCCCUCGCUCUGUCUCUCAGAGGAGGCCUUUCUCCUAAAAGAGCCCCAUGUGACGGCCAUGUUUCAGUAUCUUGAGGCCGUGGAACAGAACAACCCCCGUUUGCUGGCACUCGUUGACACUGUCAAGCUGUCCACUCUGAAGGGCCCUCCGUGUGUGGGGGGCCUGUUGAAGAGCCAUAGUCUGUGUGAGCUGCCUGGGGCCGGAGGAGGCUGGAGGGGCGGGCUGGGCAAGGGCCAGGGGCCCCCCAGGGAAGAGCUCAACCACAGGCUCACCACCUCCCAGUGCUCCCUCUCCCACCGAGACAGAGGACACACACUGAACAGCAUAAACACAGGGGUCAUCUCAGAGAGGAACUCAGACUCUAUUCCAUCAGCCAGCGCCCCGGGAGCCCCUUGGGGGUGCGUGUCAGGGUCCGGGGGGGAGGGCGAGAGGGGUGUGACUCCUCCUCCCCGCCCCAUGGCAGCUGUCCCCCACAUUGCCCUGACCGAGCCCGCCUCCCCAGGCCCUGCCCACUCAGACACCCUAGACUCUGGCGAGGGCGACGACGGCCCAGAGUACCUGGCCAUCGGUAACCUGGUGCAACGCUGCAAUCGCCGUGACUCCCAGAGCUCCACCCCCAGCAGCGAGCCCGGCGGGAGUGGCGAAUCAGGUGGCGAGGUUCCGGUCCAGCCGCCUAUGCGGAGCUCCCUGACUGUGGUCCCGCCUCCCGCUCCGCGAAGGUCAUCCUUCUCGGAGGGACAGAGGGGGCAGGGUCGCGGGGGCAGCAAGGGGCACAUCCGCUCGAUGUCUGACAUGGGGAUCAACCACAAACAUAGACAUGAAUCGUUGGUUGGAGUGGACUGCUGUGUCACGGCCUACAGCCCCUUCUCCCCUGCCAUCAGUGAUGUCAGCACACCCAGCUCCCUCUAUAUGGAGUCAAAUGGCUCCCAGUACAGCAGUGUUCCAGACGGCAUGUUCCGGAAGCCGUCAGAGGGCCAGAGCCUCAUCAGCUACCUAUCGGAGCAGGACUUCGGCAGCUGUGCUGACCUGGAGAAGGAGAAUGCCCACUUCAGCAUCUCUGAGUCUCUGAUUGCCGCCAUCGAGCUGAUGAAGUGCAACCUGCGGCGGCGGCGGGAGGAGGAGGAGGAUGGCGACGACAGCGACUCAGAGAUCCAGCAGUUAAAACAGAAGAUCCGCCUGCGCAGGCUGCAGAUCCGACGCACCUGCCUGCCACCCUCACAGCACUUGUUCCACUCCACAGACAGCGGAGGCUCCUGCAGGAGCUCCCAGGAUUCCUUUCACAUGUCCGACUCGGGCUCUGCCGAGGAGGUGGAGGAGUGUGAGCUGAGAGAUGGCUGUGAGGGCCAGUCCCUGAUGGCGGUGUCAAGGAGCGGCCUCUCCCUGUCGCUCGCCUCCCUCUUCUCAGAUGCAGACAUAAAGCGCAGUGUGACGUCCAGUGGCCGCUCGUUCCUCACCUCAGAGUCUAUCUCUCCGUCGUUCCUCCAGUCUAACUCGGCUGAGUCGGUGGCCAUGGGGCUGCUCAGGCAGUUUGAGGGCAUGCAGCUCCCCGCAGCCUCGGAGCUCGAUUGGCUGGUCCCAGAGCAAGACGCACCGCAGAAGCUCCUGCCCAUCCCUGACUCCCUGCCCAUCUCUCCUGAUGACGGGGAGCAUGCUGACAUCUACAAGCUGAGGAUCCGGGUGCGAGGGAACCUAGAGUGGGCCCCGCCCCGACCCCAGAUAAUCUUCAACAUCCACCCCGCGCCCAAGAGGAAAAUAGUUGUGGCGAAGCAGAACUACCGCUGUGCAGGCUGCGGGACUCGCAUAGACCCAGACUACAUUAAGCGAAUGCGCUACUGUGAGUACCUGGGCCGCUACUUCUGCCAGUGUUGCCACGAGAACGCCCAGGCGGUGGUGCCGGGCCGCGUGUUGAGGAAGUGGGACUUCAGCAAGUACUACAUCAGCAACUUCGCCCGGGACCUGCUGGGCAAGAUCGCCGGAGACCCCCUGUUCAACCCCAACGACAUCAACAGUGGCCUCUACAAGAAGAACAAAGCCCUGGAGACUGUCCGGGUUUUGAGGGUCCAACUCUUCCACAUGAAAAACCUCUUCAAGACAUGCCGCCUAGCUAAAGAAGUGCUGGACCAGUUUGACAGCCUCCCAGGUCACUUGACUGAGGACCUGCACCUAUUCUCCCUCAACGACCUCAGUGCUGUGCGCAACGGAGUUCUGGCCACCCGGCUUCGAGAGCUGCUGAAAUUGGGUUCCGGGCACGUGGCUGGCUGUGUGCUCUGUCAGGCCAAGGGUUUUGUGUGUGAGUUCUGCGGCAACGACAAAGACAUCAUCUUCCCUUUCGAGCUGAACAAGUGCACACGCUGCGAAGAGUGCAAGGCGUGUUUCCACAGCAAAUGUUUCCGGGCAGGCAAGGAGUGCCCACGAUGCCAGCGCCUGGCAGAGAGGCGGGAAAGGAUGGCACGCAAGAACAUGGAGGAGCAGGAGGAUAAGGAAGAGGACGAGGGAGGCGGGAGCUAGGAUAACGAACUGAGAAACAAGGGAGAGAGGACUGGAGAAAGAUUUAAAAAAAGAGAACAAUGAUUUUACUGACUGACAGGGACCCUUAUUCUUUCAACGAAUCCCUCCAUCCCUCUCUUUUCCUUGAAAUUGCAGCUUCUGGCUACUGGACGAACUCUGAUUUUAGUUUUUCGGUUGCUAUAGUGAAAGAUUAGAUUUUUGUUUUUUCUUCUUCACCCAAAGUAACAGGAUUCUUGCUUUUGUUUUUUGAAUGCAUUGUCAAUAUUCUAAAUAGCAUAUUAUAUUAAUAUAUUGGCUUGAUUUUUAUGGUUUGCUGCUCUGAUUCCAAGUGCAGAUAUCAUAAUACAAUAGAGUCCUGCCAUGUACAGUAUGUAUAGAAGUGAUUAUUUUAAAUAGAACAAGGUAGGUAGAAGUACUGAAAUGUUAUGCUAUUUUAGCCAACCCUAUGUGCCUCUGUCACCAAUGUUCUUAUACUGGCAGAGAUAGCGCCCCAUUUGGUUGUUUAAGAGGAGUUGGAAUGACAGGUCUUUGGCGGGGGGUCUCUCAAUCAGUAAUGCACAGAGUUGCGAAUAUUUUAAGAUGAUACAAUGUUUGUGUGCAUGUGUAAAAGGUGAUAUAUGCAUCUACUAAAAAGGUGUGGAAGUGUGUACUAUGGAGUGUGUGUGAGAGAGGUUGUCUCUGUACCUACUGUACCAUGCAUCUGUGCAGAAAUGUUUUGCACCAGCCUGAUCAGGCACUUAAAUAUAUCAUUUUUUGUCUUUGUGUAAAAUAUGAAGUCUUUGUUAUUUUUAACAA